AAUAAUGUAAUUUUGGCGCCCAAAACGUUUUCUUUGUCAGUCGAUAAACACUGCCACAAUUUUGUUUUAAUCAUAGUUUUUGAUCAGAUUCGAUAAAAAAACAUGACUCAAGCGAUUGAAAAGGAAAAUUUUGAAUUAGAUCUUCGAUUUGCUCAUAUUGAUGGCCAUACUGAAUUGGAUUUUGUCCCAAAUAAAAAUGCAAUUAUAACUAUUGGUCGUGAUUGUGAUGUAAGACUUUGGUCGCUAAAUCCCGAUGAUUAUGGUGUACAAUCAUCAUUUCCAGUUGAAGAUUUUCCUUAUGCUGUUUUGGCUACUAAUGAUCGAGCAUUUGUAGCAUUGGAAAGUAAUGCUGUCAAAUCAUUUCAAUUGGAUGAAUUGGCUGGAGAAGAUGAAACAAUGGUCUGUCGUUUUACAUCAAAUGCCACUUGUCUUUCAUUUCAUCCUGAUCAUGAACUUUUAGCUGCUGGUGCUGCGUAA